AUUUCAUUUGUAUUGUGAUUUCCGUUCGAGCCGCUGCAGUAUACCGCUAGCGCGCUCCGUAUAUCUAAUUUUUACAUGUUACCCUGAAGUAUAACAUAGUCGGUUAAUUUUCGUUCUACGACGUUUUCCGUUCGUAUUAUGGACGAUAAAACGUCCUUAAAGGAACUUGAUCAAUGGAUUGAGCAGCUGAAUGAAUGCAAACAGUUGACCGAGAGCCAAGUUAAGUUCCUGUGCGACAAGGCUAAAGAAAUAUUAACAAAAGAGUCAAAUGUUCAAGAAGUAAAAUGUCCUGUAACCGUAUGUGGAGAUGUACAUGGACAAUUCCACGAUUUAAUGGAACUAUUUCGGAUAGGCGGAAAAUCUCCAGAUACUAAUUACUUAUUUAUGGGUGAUUAUGUUGAUCGUGGAUAUUAUUCUGUUGAAACUGUUACAUUAUUGGUUGCAUUAAAGGUACGCUACCGAGAAAGAAUAACAAUUUUAAGAGGCAAUCAUGAGAGCCGACAGAUCACUCAAGUGUAUGGUUUCUAUGAUGAAUGUUUGCGAAAAUAUGGCAAUGCAAAUGUUUGGAAGUUUUUCACUGACCUGUUUGACUAUCUCCCAUUGACUGCACUUGUUGACGAACAGAUAUUCUGUCUUCAUGGUGGGUUAUCGCCAUCAAUUGAUACCUUAGAUCAUAUAAGAGCAUUAGAUCGUAUGCAAGAAGUCCCUCACGAGGGUCCUAUGUGUGAUCUCUUAUGGUCAGAUCCAGAUGACCGGAUAGGUUGGGGUAUAUCACCUAGAGGUGCUGGCUACACCUUUGGUCAAGAUAUUUCAGAAACAUUCAAUCAUUCAAAUGGUUUAACUCUAGUUUCCCGAGCUCAUCAACUUGUUAUGGAAGGUUAUAACUGGUGUCAUGAUCGCAAUGUAGUCACUAUAUUUUCAGCACCUAAUUAUUGUUAUCGAUGUGGUAACCAAGCUGCAAUUAUGGAACUAGAUGAUGGCUUAAAAUACUCCUUUUUACAAUUCGAUCCUGCACCAAGACGCGGCGAACCACAUGUCACACGUAGAACACCAGAUUAUUUCUUAUAAGUUAAUAACACCAACCAUUUUGGGUUGUAACCCUUUUUUGGUAUGAAAUAUAAUAAAUAUUUAUAUAAUUAUACAUAAUAUAAAUAUAUUUAUAUAUAUAUAUAUUAUAUACAUAUGUAUGGCCAAGUCUUAUCUAAUUAAUAUAAUUUUAAUGAUAAUGAAAGAAAAACUAAUCAAGAGCUAAAGUUUUCCACUGUAUUCUUUUUUUUUUUUUUUUUUUACUGCUAGUAUUUUUAUUAUUUUUAUUUAUACUUUCAAACAAAUGGACAGGAAUCAUUAAUAAAUGUAUAAAAAAAAAAUCAAAAAUUCAUUUAAAUAUUAUGGUUGUUUUUUAUAUGUUUUUGUUGCUAUAUUUCAUAUUAUUGACAUUAUAUAAAAGCUAUAAUCUCUACUUCUAACAAAAUAAUUUGCUAGAAUUAUUAAAAUAAAUUAUAUUUAACUCCAUUCUAAAAUAAAGUAAUGUAUAAAAAAUGAUAUAUACAUAUAUUCAAUUUUUAAAUGUAUUCUAUUAUUUUGUUCAUACCAAUUUUAGAAUAUAGUUAAAAUAAAUGAAAUUAGGCCAAUAAUUCAAAUUGAUUAAAUUUUGAACUCUGUAAUUGUAUUCUACUUUAUUCAUAUAUUAGAAAUCAUUUUGUAAAAAAUAAUUACUACUUUAAUUAUCAAUACAUUGUGUAAAAUAGAUUUUGAAAAAAAAAUGUAUUUGUGUAUAGUAGGUAGUAAAAAUAUAUUAUUUUUAUUAUAAUUUUGUCUAUGUGAGCAAUCUAUUUGGAUUUAAUUUUGGUAUUUAUUUAUUUAUCAACAAAUUUAUUUUAUUCUAAUCAAACCAUUUAUAUAUUUCUAUUAAUUAAAUGUUUUCUUUGUUUUAAUCAUGUUAAAUCCAAAUAUGGUUAGCUAUUAAUAAACAGCUUUAAUUGGUUGUCGGUUAUUUUUAUUUUUCGUUUUAUUUUUCUCCCCCCUGUCCUAAUGGUUGUUAACCAGGUCUUCUUAAAUUUGUAUUUUUUGUUGAAUAAAUUAAAUAUAAAAUUUUAUGAAGACUUUUAAUUAAUUUUUACGUUUUUAUAAAAAUAUUUUAAAUUAACAAAAUUUUUAAUUCAUCAAAUAAAUUUGUUUUAAGUUAUUCCAAAUCAAUUCAAAGCAUUUAAUUUUGUACAAUGAAAUUAAUUAAUUAAGGUUUUGAUCUUUUUCUCUGUUAUGAACUAAAAUUAAAAAUAAAAUAAUGCUUAAAUUAUUAAAUAUAUAAUUUUUGUUCGUUUAAUUUGAGCAUGUAUUAAAUAAAUAAAACUAAACCUUACAACAGUUA